GUUGAGUACUAGUCGUGAUGUCCAACGUUUUGCUCACUUUCAUUCUCAGUAUCAGUACUUCUACUUCUACUUCUAGCCUGGUCCUCCCAAAGUUACAGCUCGACAAGCUAGCCAUGUCCAUACUUCACUGCGUCCUCGACGCUUGCUCUUGGUCCACCUGGCCAUCUGCCAUGAUGGUACGACCAGUAGCAGUCAAGCUCAGGUCCCUCGGAACCAGCUUCUUCGAAAAUGGUGCUUUCCAGCACUACGCUUUUGGCGCAGCAGCAACAGCCGGCGUUCCUGACAGGCUUAAGAAGCAGGAACAAGAAGAACUUCUGGCCGACCAUCCUGCAUCCCAAAAAGUGGAUGAGGUGGAAGGAAAUUUCAUGGACCCUUUCGCGCCAGACUCCCCAAUGAAUCCGAUGAAAGGAGCAGCAGUCAAGGCUAUUGAUGCUGCUAAUGCGAUGCUGGACAAGGGGCCAGAACAGGUGUUGAUGGAGCUCAAGUUAAGGCUCAAAGCCAUUCAUCUCCAGCUCCAGAGAGUCUUUGUUGAUGCAGGAUCCAUGCGUAUCCCUCUACUUGGAUUCUCAGAGUAUGAGUAUCCCAGUAGGAAUACAUUUACUUAUUAUGAAUUGUAAACACUUCAAUCGUUUGAGGUCUAACUCUAAUCAUAGCCAAGGUGGACGAUCUAGAGUCUGCAUCGCCAUUGAUGGACAAACUUAGCAAGCGCGUGAAAGAGAAAGAGGGCGUGCAGGACCUGAAGACGAAGCUAGAGACGGAGUACGCACUUAUCAUGCAGAAAGUAAGGAGUUCCUAUGAUGGAUUCAGGGCUUCGUUGGAUGAAUUCAGCAAAGCAGCUGAUUCUGGUAAUUCUGAUGCAGUGGCGGCUAUUGUUAUGAGGAAGUUUGCAACUAAUUAGAGAUGCUAUACCUCGCGAGUGGGUACGUCAAUCAGUCAAUCCUUGUCCUUGAAGAUGUUUGGAUCAUCGUUUUAUGUAAUGCUAUUGUAGACGCAGGAAGGCGGUGGUAUCUAGAAGAAGAUGCAAAUGGAAACUAGAGUAGGAUCGGAUGAUGAUGUCUUCAUACGUAGGAAGAUUACUUGAAUAGUGAAAACACACCAGUAGUAAGAAUCUCAGAUCUUCUACAUCUACGUCCAGUGGCCCCUUUCAUACCUCUCGAGCGCGAAGCUGCCAUCAAGCUGUGGCGAUCCAAGAUGCUGCUUGAAAACACUGUUCUUCAGGCCCAACACAAGAUCGUACAGGCGAGGAAAAUGCUGUUCCAGGGUGUUCAGGAUGCAGUCGGCCAUAUGAAGAAGGUUGGUGGUCUUGCGACUGGUGCGAUGGUUGGCCAGAAGAAUAAUGCGGGAAGUUAUGUCUUUGGUCAUGUCUAGAACUGUUCCUGAUGCAUGAUUCUGUCUAAAAGUCUGGCGCUCCGCUAAAAGCAUCAUGUGACCCUUCCACGUCUUCAUCUUCAUGAUCACCAAACCCUCAACCUCAUCCUCACCUUCUCAUUGUUCUAAACCAUCCUCCUGACCAACACUUUCGCCACACCCGAUAGCCGUUUCGUAGGCAAAGACCCAAACGAGAUGACGGAGGAUGAACUAGCUGCUUUUAGGGCAGCACAGAAGAACUGCAAGUUGGACUUGACAAAGAAGUACGAUUUGGAUGCCAUGACUGACGAAGAGUUGGACAACCACAUCAAGCUGCUUUCGAAGUGCAAAUCGCAUAAGCUAUUUGGGGAGGAUUUGAAUAUUUAUGGAUGCGUUGGACAUAGAGCUGAACAAGAAGCAAGAGUAUCUGUUCUUAUGCUGCUCUAGUUUUAGAAGGAGCACAUGAUUGAAGAUUCUAGUCGUGCCAGUGGUAAGUUGUACUUAGGUUAGCUUAACUCAUCCAUUUAAACCCAGAAGAUACAACAUCCACUCUUCAUCUCCCGCAGAAGCUCCGAGACCGUUACAUGCAUUUUCCCAAGAACUUUAGUUUCAACGACUUGAUGGCCG